AUGUCUAGCAUUUCUUGCCCCGUCAGCUACGUUUACUCGAGCGACCGGAAGACGGAAACAAUGGUCUACGACAGUUGCGUCAUUCGCUUAUUUGACGGUAAGUUCGAGACAGCACCGGCGACUCUGCGAAUGCGGAUCGUGAACACCGCCGGUCGGCCAUUGGCGUCCUCAAGCCCUGCCGGUGCGACCGGGAGCCAUUUGAGAUCGGGCAUCGCAGGACAUGGUGGCGGCGUAGAUGGUGACAGCAAUCGUGCUGGUGUCGCCCGGGGCAGCAUGACUCAACCUCCGAUCGACGCCGGCCUCCUCGAAGACCUGCUGCCUGGAGAUGUGGUGGCCGGCGGUGUCACAGACAAGACAAUGACGGUGGUGACUUCGCCGUCCGAGUUGACCGGAAUGAUGAGCAAGGAGGUGGGCGAUGCUGCGUAUGACGCGAAGUCGAGACGAACCCAAACUUCAGGUAGACACAACUUUGCCAACACUAGAAGAAAAACUUAUUUUGUCGGACAAGUUUGA